GCGCAAUGCAGGGCUACGCGACGAAAAGCAUAACACUUCUGCUGCAGCAGAGUUUGCUUGGUGCCAAUAGGCUAUUGCUUCGUAACCGGUCCAUACAUUGUUUCAUCCUCCGCCGCUAUAAGUGUGUCUUAUUGGCUAGUCAGCUUUAUUUCACUGCUUUAAUUCAAAAGACAAUGCUGCGAGUACGUAGGGCAGUGGCGUCUUUCCUGCAGCAGCAGGUGUCACAAGCAGCCGCCCUUGAAAGCACACGCGAGGGCCUUCCCACGGCAUGCCAGCUGCCGUCGUGCUGUGCUCAAUCCUUUCGGUGCGCGGCCUCCUCUUCAACACGCCCAACGGGACCCAGGCCCGAUGCUAGCAAGCAAGCAGCGGCUGCAGCAGCGGCUGCAGCUAGCUCAAGCAGUGCCAGCAGCAGCAAUGAGACACCGCUGUCGCUUCUUGCCCGGCAACAGCAGUCUCUAGCGUCCAUGCCGCUCUAUCCCAAGAUGCUGGGCUUUGCAGGCGCUCUUCCCUUCAUGACGCUCACCCCCGCCUUCGUCGAGGCCGCCGGCUUCCCGCAUCUGGUGGACUACUGCUCGCAGAUGCAGCUGGCGUACGGCGGCAGCAUCGUGUCGUUCCUGGGCGCCGUACACUGGGGCAUGGCCAUGAACAGCGCCACUGUGGCGGCCGCGGGCAGCAAGGCGGCCGCAGCGCUGAACGAGCGGUACGUGUGGAGUGUGGUGCCCGCCCUGGGCGUUGUGCCCGCCCUCAUGAUGCAGCCGGCGCAGGGCAGCUUUGCGGUGGCGGUGCUGCUGGGCAUCUGCUACCUUUCCGACGCCUCCUACUACCGGUCCGGCCACCUGCCCGCCUGGUUCAUGAGCCUGCGCGGCUACUGCACGCUGCUGGCCAUGGCAGGCAUGCUGUCCACCACCGCCUACUACUUCAAGAAGGAUGUGGCCAAGGCACGCAAGAUGAUGGAGGAGGAGGACGCGCAGCGGCUGGCG